CUGUUUCCUACAUCUUCUCCAUUCUUGAUCCUAGGUCCCCUUACAAAGAAACAGAGUGAUGAUUUAGGUGAUAAUGACGGUGCAGAGGACGAAGACAUCCGCGAAAGUGGAAGCCCCAAGCCCGUGAUGGUUUUCAUCCAUGGAGGUUCUUAUAUGGAAGGCACAGGGAAUAUGUUUGACGGGAGCAUCUUGGCAAGCUAUGGCAAUGUCAUCGUCAUAACUCUGAACUAUCGCCUUGGAGUGUUAGGUUUUUUGAGCACAGGAGACCAAGCGGCGAAGGGGAAUUAUGGCCUCUUGGACCUGAUCCAGGCACUGCGCUGGACCAGUGAAAACAUUGCUUUUUUUGGGGGUGACCCUUUACGCAUUACUGUAUUUGGAUCAGGGGCUGGUGCCUCGUGCGUCAACCUCCUGACUCUGUCCCAUUAUUCUGAAGGUAACCGCUGGAGCAAUUCAACCAAAGGUCUGUUUCAGAGAGCUAUAGCCCAGAGUGGCUCGGCCCUCUCUAGUUGGGCGGUGAGCUUCCAGCCCGCCAAGUACGCCCGCAUGCUGGCCAAGAAGGUGGGCUGCAACCUGAAGGACACCGUGGAGCUGGUGGAGUGCCUGCAGAAGAAGCACUACAAGGAGCUGGUGGACCAGGACAUCCAGCCGCCGCGCUACCACAUCGCGUUCGGACCCGUCAUCGACGGCGACGUCAUCCCCGACGACCCGCAGAUCCUGAUGGAGCAAGGCGAGUUCCUCAACUACGACAUCAUGCUGGGCGUCAACCAGGGCGAGGGGCUGAAGUUCGUGGAGCUCAUCGUGGACAACGAGAACGGCGUGCAGGCCAACGACUUCGACUACGCCGUGUCCAGCUUCGUAGACGACCUGUACGGCUACCCGGAGGGCAAGGACAUCCUGCGCGAGACCAUCAAGUUCAUGUACACGGACUGGGCGGACAGACACAACCCGGAGACGCGCAGGAAGACGCUGCUGGCGCUGUUCACGGACCACCAGUGGGUGGCACCGGCGGUGGCCACGGCGGAUCUCCACUCCAGCUUCGGGUCUCCCACCUAUUUUUAUGCCUUCUACCACCAUUGCCAGACGGAGCAGGUGCCCCCUUGGGCCGACGCGUCGCACGGGGACGAGAUCCCGUACGUGUUUGGGCUGCCCAUGAUCGGCCCCACGGAGCUGUUCCCCUGCAACUUUUCCAAGAAUGACGUUAUGCUGAGCGCCGUGGUAAUGACUUACUGGACAAACUUUGCCAAGACUGGAGACCCAAACCAGCCCGUCCCCCAGGACACCAAGUUCAUCCACACCAAGCCCAACCGCUUCGAGGAGGUGGCGUGGUCGCGCUACAACCAGAAGGACCAGCUGUACCUGCACAUCGGCCUGAAGCCCCGCGUCAAGGAGCACUACCGGGCCAACAAGGUCAACCUGUGGCUGGAGCUGGUGCCCCACCUGCACAGCCUCAAUGAGGUCACGCAGGUCAUCUCCACCACCACCACCAAGGUGCCGCCGCCCGAGGUCACGCCGCGCACCACCAAGAAGAUCUCCGUCAACACCAAGCGGCCCGUCAACCCCAACCCCACGCCCUUCCCCACCGAGGGCCAGGACAGCCAACCCUUCCAGGUGGACCAGCGCGACUACUCCACGGAGCUGAGCGUGACCAUCGCGGUGGGCGCCUCGCUGCUCUUCCUCAACAUCCUGGCCUUCGCCGCGCUCUACUACAAGAAGGACAAACGGCGGCACGACGUGCACCGGCGCUGCAGCCCGCAGCGCAACACGGCCAAUGACCUGGCGCACACACAGGAGGAGGAGAUCAUGUCGCUGCAGAUGAAGCACACGGACAUGGACCACCACGAGUGCCACGACGCCAUGCAUCCGCACGAGGUGGUUCUGAGAACUGCCUGCCCGCCCGACUACACGCUAGCCAUGCGCCGCUCGCCCGACGACAUCCCGCUCAUGACCCCCAACACCAUCACCAUGAUCCCUAACACCAUGCCGGGACUCACCUCCCUGCACCCCUUCAACACCUUCUCCAGUGGACAAAACAACACGCUGCCUCAUCCCCAUCCACACUCGCACUCCACCACCAGGGUAUAGCGUGCUGGACGUAGCAUGCCAAACGUGCAUAGCCUCAUAGUCAGUUACAUUCAGACACACACACAUGCGUGGUCUC